AUGUUUGUCUUGGGCUCAUUUGGCAUUUUCUCACACUUAAUCAACAGAGGAUACUUCCCUAUGCAUGAGGAUCCCAAGACGAGAGUUCAUCGUCCUCAUCCAUUUCACAGCCAAGAUCGCCAGAGCGUACGAGAUUUGACCCUUGCCGACUUCUCAACGCGCCCCGAAGGGAGUAGUGCCACCAAAGCAUUGUCUUCCAGCAUGUCAACGCACAACAGUAUCCCGGUUGCAUCCUAUUUACCGACGGGAUGUCAUGACACACCACUUCCCAUGGGGAAGUAUUACCCGUCAAACUACGAAAACCAACAGAAGGCACACGCGACUAGGACUAGAUCUGCCACGGUCUCGUCCUCAUCUUCCAAAUCUAGAGACCAACUCGAACCUUUCAUCAACAGUUCACCAACAUCGAAGUCGGCUCACGAGCCUGAUGUUCGUCGCAAACUUCAGCUCCAACAAUAUCAGCGCGAUAUGAUUGCCCAGGCUUCUUUGGCCGCGAAUGAGCUUCUAUCCUCAAGCGGGCACGGCAGAUCUGGGCCUCCCAAGCUGGGAAACCUACCAGGAAAGGCCCUCAGUUUCGGCCCUCCAUUUCACAACCCCUCCGCCCCGAAGUUGCACCCGUUGGGUAGUCCCGGCCCAGUUACACCCAUGGAGCUCGAAUCUUCACGAGGCGGCAAUGGCUAUUUCGAGAUGACCCAAGGGGAUAAUCGUACGCAGAAAUAG